AGCUGCUCCUCCCCGACCAUCGAAGCACAAAACCUUCUCUUUGCUGCUUAGUACUAGCAGCUGCUUUCUGAACCUUGGAGUAGCUAGGCUUGUAGUACUGGGGCUACCAGCUAAGCUAGCAAGAUGGCCUCCUUCCCCUCCAAGGUUGUUGCACUUGGUGCGCUAAUCUUCUCGCUCCUUGUCACGUAUGGCGCGUGCGCUAGGCCGGUGAACUUUAACGCCUCUGAAUUCACCGCCGACCCCAACUGGGAGGCCGCCAGGGCUACCUGGUACGGUGCGCCCACCGGCGCCGGCCCUGAUGACGACGGUGGCGCGUGCGGAUUCAAGAACGUGAACCUGCCGCCGUUCUCGUCCAUGACGUCCUGCGGCAACGAGCCCCUGUUCAAGGACGGCAAGGGCUGCGGCUCAUGCUACCAGAUAAGAUGCGUCAACCACCCUGCAUGCUCCGGGAACCCGGAGACUGUUAUCAUCACCGACAUGAACUACUACCCGGUCGCCAAGUACCACUUCGACCUCAGCGGCACGGCGUUCGGCGCCAUGGCCAAGCCCGGCCGCAACGACGACCUCCGCCACGCCGGCAUCAUCGAUAUCCAGUUCAAGAGAGUGCCAUGCAACUACCCCGGCCAGAAGGUGACGUUCCACGUCGAGGAGGGCUCGAACCCGGUCUACUUCGCGGUGCUCGUCGAGUACGAAAACGGCGACGGCGACGCGGUGCAGGUGGACCUCAUGGAGGCCAACUCCGGGUCGUGGACGCCGAUGCGCGAGUCGUGGGGAUCCAUCUGGAGGCUGGACUCCAACCAUCGGCUGCAGGCGCCAUUCUCCCUGCGCAUCACCAACGAGUCCGGCAGGACGCUGGUGGCGAACCAGGUCAUCCCGGCCAACUGGGUGCCCAACACCUACUACCGCUCCACCGUCCAGUAUUAGCUCACGAUCUUCUGCUGCACACAAUAAUUUGGUGCCAUUGGCUUCAUUAAUCUGGUAUUGUAACGUUGCAUCGGAUUGAUGAGGUGAUUUAGUUAAUUAGUUGGUAAGACGUCGAUUGUUGCUGAGUGGGAAAUGGAGGAGGCGAGUAUGCAUGUGCUUUCCUGCCCACCGUCAAUGCAUGUACCAGUGUGAUCAAGUUUAUAAAUUAUGAACAAUAUUCUGUGUGAAAUUCAGUA